CUGGUUUUAUGGAGUUGUAGAGACAGGUAAAUAUCACACUGUAUCUGUCUUCACUCCUUUGUAUUUUAUCCUUCCCUUCCCAUUCCUAGCCAUGUCCAUGUCUGCCGCUUGCCUCUCUUCUGUCCCUGUCCGCUUUUUCUUUCUCUUCUCUCUCUCACUAUAUCGCCUCUGAUCUCACCACACAAACGAACAAGCGCCACUCCUGCUCUUCUUUCAUUCAUCCUCUCUCUCUCUCUCUCUCUCUCUCUCUCUCUCUCCGACCCCCAAAGAUAUGUCAGCUCCAUUCUAGCAUUUACUCCCCUCCGCUGUCCGCAGUCCCUUCACCAGAGAACUCUACUUCGGGAAACAAACGAGAAACAGAGCCUUCCCCAAGCAUUCAAUCAUGGGUUCCAAAUCCAAAUCUGGGUUGUUUGAAACUCCUACCAAGCCAUCACCAGCAACUCCUAGAGUAAGUAAACUCAACAGGGGAGCAGCUAAAUCAGACGCUGAUUCACCUUCUCCCCAGCCGAGUUCACGCCUCUCCUUGGACCGCUCCUCCCCUGGAUCUGCCAAUUCCAAGCCCACUCCUAAUUCUGCUGUUCGCAGACCAACCAAGGCUGCCACACCACCUGAAAAACCACUGGCUCGUGGCGUGGCGGUGAAGGGAUCAGAACUGCAGGCUCAGUUGAAUGCAGUCCAGGAAGAUCUCAAGAAAGCCAAAGAGCAGAUCUCUGUGAUCGAGAAGGAGAAGGAUCAAGCUGUUAACGAGCUAAAAAUUGCUCAGAAGGCAGCUGAGGAGGCAAAUGGGAAGCUGCAAGAAGCUUUGGUGGCUCAAAAGCGAGCCGAAGAGGAUUCCGAAAUCGAGAAGUUCCGUGCUGUUGAGCUGGAGCAAGCUGGGAUCGAGGCUGUAACAGUGAAGGAACAGGAAUGCCAGAAGGAGAUCGAAUCUGUGAGGGACCAACAUGCAGUGGAUGUUGCUACCCUUUUGUCCACUACUGAGGAACUCCAGAGAUUGAAGCAAGAGCUGGUAACGACAACGGAUGCUAAAAACCAGGCACUUAGUCAUGCUGAUGAUGCUACUAAGAUCGCAGAGAUUCAUGCAGAGAAGGUGGAGAUUCUUUCAACCGAGUUGGCCCGAUUGAGAGGUUUGCUUGAUGCCAAGGUUGAGAACGCGGCCAGUGAGAGCAAUAAGAUGGUGUUGGAGCUCAAGGAAGAGAUAAGUUCUUUGAGACAGGAGCUUGAGAAAGCCAAAGCUUUUGAGGGUAAGUUGAUGGAGAAAGAGGGUAUUAUAGAACAGCUCAAUGUUGAGGUGGAAGCUGCUAAAAUGGCUGAGUCUUAUGCGCGCAGUCUAGCUGAGGAAUGGAAGGUUAGGGUUGAGGAGCUAGAGUCCCAAGUUACUGAAGCAAACAAGCUAGAGAGGUCUGCAUCAGAAUCUCUGUGUUCAGUCAUGAAACAGCUCGAGGGCAACAACGAUAUGCUGCAUGAUGCAGAGACUGAGAUCAUGGGUCUGAAGGAGAAAGUUGGACUUUUGGAAAUGACGAUAGCAAGGCAGAAAACAGAUCUCGAUGAGUCAGAACGCCGUGCCUGCCUUGCACAGGAAGAUGCAUCAGGAUUGGUGAAGGCAGUUGAGUCUCUCAAGUUGGAGCUGGAAACAGUGAAGGAAGAUAAGAUCCAGGCCCUGAACAACGAGAAGCUUGCUGCUUCUAGUGUUCAAGGCCUGCUAGAAGAGAAGAACCAACUCAUAACUGAACUAGAGAAUUAUAAGGAAGAGGAGGAAAAGAGCAAGCGUGCAAUGGAGAGUUUAGCUUCAGCUUUACAUGAAGUGUCUGCUGAAGCCAGGGAAGCAAAAGAGAAACUGUUGUCAAGCGAAACAGACAUUGAAGGCUAUGAGACACAGAUAGAAGAUCUUAGAUUAGUUCUCAAGGCGUCGAACGAGAGAUACGAGACCAUGAUGGAUGAUGCAAAACAUGAGAUUGAUGUUCUCAAGAGCUCGGUAGAAGAAUCCGAGAAUGAGUUCCAGAAGUCCAAGUCUGAGUGGGAGAUCAAAGAGCAAAACCUCUUGGAUUGUGUGAAGAAGUCAGGUGAAGAAAACGCAGCUCUGGAAAAAGAAAUAGACAGGCUGGUCAAUGUGCUGAAGCAUACGGAAGAAGAAGCUUGUGCUACAAGGGAGGAAGAGGCUCGGUUGAAGAACAGCUUGAAGGAAGUGGAAGCUGAAGCAGUUUCUUUGCAGGAAGCUCUUGGAGAGGCGAAAGCUGAGAGCAUGAAACUGAAGGAGAGUUUACUGGACAAAGAGAAUGAGCUACAAAGCAUAUUUGAAGAGAACGAAGAGCUCCACAUCAGGGAAGCUGAUUCUGUAAAGAGAAUCGAGGAGUUGUCCAGGUUGCUUGAGGAAGCUCAGUCCAAGAAGCAAAGUGAGGAAAAUGGUGAGCUUAGUGACAGUGAGAAGGACUAUGAUUUGCUACCAAAGGUGGUUGAAUUCUCUGAAGAGAAUGGACAUGUAGGUGAAGAGAAAAUCAAGAUGGGGCUUCCAGCUCAGUCUCAGAACCUUGAGGAGCCAAUGAAUGGCAAGUCGCAGGAAGACAGCAACGGCUCAUUAAUAGAUUCUGAACCUGCUGAAAUGGUUGUCGCCACCAAGAUGGAGAAUGGUGGCGUUGAAGAGAAGGGGAAUAAAGAAGAGCUGAAAGACAAAGAAGACGACACAGUUGAAGUGGAGUUCAAGAUGUGGGAGAGCUGCAAGAUUGAGAAGAAAGAGUUCUCGCCCGAGAGAGAGCACCAUGAACAGGAAUCGUCCUUCGAGGAGGAAGGGGAGUCUAAGGGCGAGGGCGGAGAGAGUUUCGAUCAGCUAAAUGGUUUGUCCUCAACAGAGAACCCAGAUGAUGGUGGGAGCUCACCUUCCAAGCAGCAGCAGCAGCAGCCUGAGCAGCUGAAGAAGAAGAAGAAGCCUUUGCUUCAUAAGUUUGGGAGCCUGCUCAAGAAGAAGAGUACCACCACUGCCAGUCCUACAAAUGGUAGCACUACUCCCAACCAGAAAUAAUGAACUGAGGGUAAAAAUUACAACAUCGUCUAUAGUAGAUAAAAGUUUAUGGCUUCUGAAUGCUGUUCUGUAUCCGCUGUUUUCCUUCAUUUUUUCAUUGUUUUGAGUUAGUUUCCAGUUUUCACAAUGAAGAGAAAUGGGGCUUUGUAAUCAAUCUUCAUUAUUAUUUUUUUCUUCCUUCUGUCUCUACCUUCUCUCUGUUGUUCCUGUGAAUCAGAGUGGUGGGAGAGAGUAUAUUGUAUGGAAUGAAAAUUGUUUCUUUCAGUUUCAUGUCUUUGUUUAUAGUUUAUUACAGUUGUUCUUUGCACAAAUUAUUGUCAUUGAAGAUGAUUCCUUUCGGUUUCAUGCAGUAUUAGUACUGGGUUUUAGUGGAAUGGCGAGU